AUGAAAGGCGUUAAGCCAGCCAAAGGAAUGGGGAGGGGAAGAGGGUUUGCAAGGGUCAGCAAGGGUCCCAUUACACCCGGUACCUUUCAACCUGGUACUUUCCAUAGUAAGGGGAGAGGAAGGGGUCUCCUUAAUUACCUCAAUAGAGAAGAUGUCUCUUUAGUGGAUACCCCCGCCCCUGCUCCUAGCUCCCAUUCCCCGCCUCUACUAGGGUUCGAUAGUCAUUUCCACCCAGAUAGGUGUGGUUGGUAUAAUAAAAGAAAGAGGAAGAGCAUGGUGACAAAGUAUCCGGUAGAGAUUGUUGGUGGGGUCCUAAACUUCUGUGACCCGGAGUUCUUUAUGGACCCCAGCUUUCUCUCCCGCGUGCUGGAUCACAGCCCCCCAUUUACGAAGAGGGAUGGGUGCUGGAGGUUAGCAGUAGGAAUACACCCUAAACAGGCCUCUCAGUAAACGGAGGUCCAGUGGGAGCGAUUAGCAUUGCUGCAAAAUACCUUCGUGGUAGGUGUAAGUGAAUUAGGUUUUGACUUUUCUGUCAACUCCCAGUGGUGGCCUGACCAGGAGACGCUCUUUUUGAGACUCCUUGGUCAGGGCACCCAAGGGAGAGUACUCAUCCUGCACCUAAGGGACGAUUCUAACUUUUUAAAUAAUACGGCAUACGCGGCGCAUACUUUGGCCCGCCGGCUUCUUGAAAAGCACUGAUCCCUCCUCCAGAGGAUACACCUCCACAAUUUCUCUAGCGACUCGCUGCAAGCUAGAAAAUGGACUGCUGCCUUUCCAUAUUGUUAUUUUGGUAUUCCUGGGAUGGCAGCUUAUUUCACAACGGAUCAAAUCCAAGGCCUUAGGGCCGUUCCCGCGAAUCGGCUGAUUUUGGAGACUGAUGCUCCGCAUCUUCCUCCUCGCCCAGACAUGACGGUGACUUCACCUGAAAACCUGGGUGAUGUGGGGGCGGUGGUAGCCAAUCUGCGGGGACAGCCCUUGGCCAUUAUAAUGGCCCAAACCACCUACAACGCUAAGCAACUGUAUGGCCUGUUAGGGUAA